CUGGGCAGGGUGCACCUGGAGAAGGGGCCAGGGGAGGGCCUGAGUGCCAGUCAGACUGGGUGUGGCUGUGGGGAUGUGGAGCCAGGACAUCUGUCCAGAUGGCCUGAGUGACCAGGACCAGGUGAUUCGGUGCCAGACAGCUGACAGAGAGUGGGAGAGCCUGGGGGAGGAAGCAGGCCUGACACAGGCUUCUCCCUCAAUCCUCACUGCAGGCCCCAGCCAGGACCCCAGGUCUUCACAGGACCCUGCCAGCCUCCACGUGGAGCACCACGACUCUGCAGGAGUCCCCCAAUUCCGGUCAACAUCCUGGGCCCUCGCCAGGGAGUCAUCCCGUUGAAGACCAGGCCUCUAAGGGAGAGGAGAGGACUGAGCCCCCUUUUGAAUGUGUCCCUAACCACAGGACCUCCAGGAAGACCUCCUCCCUCCAUAGUCUGGCCUGGACACCAGGCCAGACACUCAUCUGUUUCCCAAAGCUGUUCUUUAAGAAUUUUAGCUACUGGGUUAUAAAUCAGGAUGCUAAUUAAAUUAUGUCAGGUUAAGGCUAGAAUUUGCCUUUACUAAUGAGGAAACCCAGUCCAUCAGCCUUCUCUCUCUCAGCUUUCUGCUCUGGGCUUAUUUUGUGCGACUCUUCAUCAAGCAUCUGAAGUUUUGCCCCGAACACUAAUACAGAUCCCAGGAUUGUGUCCUCAGAGCUUCACACACUUUUUGUCACUUAAUUCCCGUAAAAACUCUUUUGUUAUUCCCAUCACAACCCAGUUUACAGAUAUGCAAACUGAGGCUCAUAAAAGUUCAGUAAGUUGUCUAUGCUCACACAGCUUGUAAGUGGUGCUCAGGGUUAAAGCCCAUGUCUGUCUGAUCCUCCAGCCUGCACUUUUAUGCCCUUGGUUAUAACACCUGAACAAAUGCAUCUCCAAGUAUGCCAAGCUUGCUCAUGUGACACCUGAGUGGGAAGGAGGUGCUGUUCCCUGCUGCGGGGACCCAUUGCUGUGGUAGAGAAACAUUUCUGGAGUUGACACCCAGACUAUUGUACCCCUUGGACCCAAAGCCUGGUAGGCCAGAUGCCCCCUGCUCUGCCCUUGUUGCAGACACAUACCCUGCCCCUCCUCAUUCCACACAGUCCGGUUUCCUCUUUCCUAUGUGGCGGCGACUUCUAUGUCCUGUGCCCCAGCCCUUCCAAGAAAUGACACUCAAUUUGCUGAAUAAUUAAAAGCAGGAAAUACUUUACAAAAGGAAGUGAGUGGGUCAGAAAUUCAAAGGCAGUCCAAACAAAGUGCAAGCUUGGGCUCAGGCAGAGCUGUGAGAGUCCAUCUGGGAUCCGAGUGUGCUCUCCAGUUGUCGGCAGAGGGGCAAGGAGCCUGGGAGGCAGGACCAUGUGGCUGUGGCUAGUUCUUCUCCUGCUCAGCCUCCCAGGCUGUUUCUCCAUCCAAGGCCCAAGGUCCGUGAGGGGUCUAGAAGGGGGCUCGGUGAGCGUGCAGUGUAACUAUACAGCAGAAUGGGAGACUUAUGAGAAGUGGUGGUGUCGCGGAGCAGACUGGACAUCAUGCCAGAUCCUCGUUCAAACCAAUGGAUCAGAGCAAGUAAUGAAGAGAGACCGUGUGUCCAUCAGGGACAACCAGAGUCACCUCUUGUUCACGGUGACCAUGGAGGAUGUCCGGCGAGAUGACACAGACACUUACUGGUGUGGGAUUAGCAGACAUGGACCCGACCUUGGGAUAUCUAUCAAAGUGACCAUUGACCCAGUGGGCAUGAUCCUGAGCACCUGGGUGAGCCCGCUCUCUAGAACAACCACCAGCGGCCGUGCAGGGGCACCGUCCGACUCCUAUAUCAGGCACCACUACAUUCUCCUGGUGUUCCUGAAGGUGCCCAUCUUGCUCGCAUUGGUCGGUGCUGUCCUUUGGUUGAAGGGGCCUCAGCAGAGACCGUCCAUCUAUAUGAACUUGUCCUCUGAUCUCGUCAGAGACACAGCCCCUUAGACGGACGGCUGAGCAGAAUCUUCUGCCCCCGGACUCCAUUUCCAGAGGAGACACAGGCCAUGGAAGAAAUGCCUCUGGGUCCUUGGGAGGCAGUGAUGAGGCUGGGGUGCUGAAGGGCUGGCCGGGCACCCUCCCGGCUCUGCACAGCUCAGGGACACAACUUGGGGCCCUCUUGAGGUGUCAUGGCUCCCUGGACUUGUUCCUACUCCUUCGGAUAGCAAAUGCCCCACCCUACCCAACGUGGGGUCGGGGCUCAUGGUUGGAGCUGCUGGGGUGGGACCCAAGCCGUGUCCUCUCUGCUGGAAGAAGUUGGGGCAUGGAGCGAGCAACCGAAGCACAGAGAGAAGCAAUAGGGGUGCAGACAGAAACAGAGAGGUGGAAGCCUGCCCACGCCCUGGUCUCCUUCACUCCUGAGACCAGAUCAGCCCGCUCUAUGUCUGAGCUUCUGAUCUAUAAGGGUUUUUUCUUAAGCCAGUCAAGUUGGGCCUCAGAAACUACUUCAAGGUUGGGGAGGGCAGUCAGGAAAACCAUCUGAGGGAAAUGAGGUGGCCUCCCCUACAUGAUGAUAUUUUAAUAAUCUUCAUAAUUAAUUUGUUUCAAUAACCUUAAUAAUUAAAAAUCUGAUAAAUGACAUUUUUUUCAUUUGUCCAUUUGGGUGGACUCGGUCACAUUGCGCCUUAGGGGCCAUGGGUCCUUCCACCGAAGGGAGUGCCACCUCACGUGAGAAGGAAUAGCCCCAUUUGAGAUGUGUCUACCCACAUGCAAACACACACAAACACACCAGUUUGGAAUGUUUCCCUUUGUUUGUCCCUGCAUCUUUAUUGAGCUAUAAUUGACAAAUAAAACUGUAUAUAUUUAGUGCAAA